AUGUCACUGUCGAGAUCUACAUCUCAUGGCAGUAGUUCUUGCAGUUCAGUCAUCAAAGCACUUCGAUGGCUAUUGAAAUCAGCAGAGGUUGGAUGUUUACAGGUGGUGCAUUCAGUUCUUAUUGGAACCUUUCUGAACCAGAAGGUGCCCAGGGAUAGGAAACAAGCACCUCCUCUGCCUCUGUGGGCAUUGGUGCAGUGGGAGCGUCGUGUGCUCAUGUCCAACUGCACGGUAUUAGAAAUCAUUCUACUGGGUACAUUUUUAUUGAUGGCCUGGGGAUCCCUUCGUUUUUCCGAUGCGCAAAGGUUAGACCUCCAAAAGAUCAUCUAUCACGAUGGUACCAUGCGAGGGGUGAUAUGGCGCUCCAAGACAGCAGUCAGCGGCAUGCCCCUAGCAGUGGCGGCGGAGGGUUUCCUCAGCAAAGGCUCCCACAACUGGCUGUGGAAGUUCUUGACGGUUUUGGAUACGGUAUUGGCCAAAUCAGGCCUCUCCGAGGUUGAUUUUCUUCUUCCACUGAUGGAUGAGGAUGGACCAGUUUAUCCAUUGCAACCGAUGGAUUAUGCUACAGCGUUAUUUUACCUACGGAAAUUUUUGGGUUGCCCCUGGAGUCAACGACCAGACCCCUUGCAGCAUUUGAAGUUGAACUUCACUUUGCACUCCCUCAAAGCGACAUUAUUGUCGUGGGGACCCCAGCUGCAUGAGAAAGUUACCCCUGAACAGCGUUUGUCUCAGGGACACCAUUCGGAUCCCAAUAGCAGUUUGGACACAUACUCACGUGACGUGGUGUGGACGUCCUUGACGUAUCAGCGCAAGAUGAUACAAGAGGUUCAGAGUGGAUGGCGUCCAGCCAUUGCCCAGCAUCGGGGUAGAAUGGUCGUCUUCUACUCCUUUGUCGGCAUUCCAAAAGGCGUGCCUCCGUACGGCAUUUCAGCGAUGAAACAAAAAUUCAUGGCCAACUAUCCAUCGGAAUUGAUCCAUGCAGACCUUUUUCCGUCGACCAGAUUAGUGAGCCUGGUUCAUGACCAGCUCUCCAAGAAGGUUUGGAAAUGGGUGCCAUGGAAGUAUCGCAUCUCGCUCACCAGGUCAGAGGAGAUUUCUAGCAAUCGAGCUCAGAAGAUGCCAAAAAUUGACCACUUGGGGUUACACUCCUUAUUAUUUGAUGAUCCUCCCUCAAUCGACGUGUCCAACAACGCCAUGGGGGUGAACUCGAUUCGCAAUAUGCUCGAAGUUCAUGAUCGGGCCAUUGCCUUGUGCCAAGGCGCUCACCUUGCCAAUCUCAAGGCCUAUACCCACAAAUUCAUCGGGUUUUUGACCGCCAAGUAUGAUGGAGAUUUACGUAACACCAGUGUAUUGGAGGCUCAACAUGCGGACCAAAAAAUUUGGACAGUCAUUGCCGAGCUCAUGGAACGAGGCAAAGGCCAAGGGAAGUCAAAGGGCAAGCAGAAUUCCGGGAAAUCCAAGGGCAAGGUCCAAUGGCUCACGGAGAUUCAACGGGAUGGUGGCUUCAAGCAACUCUGCAUGCGAUAUCAGGUUGACUCCGUAGAGACUCUCCCAGUGCAUGACGUGGACCCAGUUCAAGACUUCGCUCCACCUAGUGAUAGUUUUACCCGGGGCCGUUUGUCCCAACCCGAGCAGGCGAAUGCGGAAACAGAUAUCACUGCCACCGAUCUGUUGCGUGUCGCAUCCAGUGGUCAGGUUGGUUAUGGAGCGGCCAGCCCUUCCUGCUGUGAAUACAGCAGACUCAAACUUCGAGAUGAUGACGGUCCCAAGGCUCUACGAUCACCAGAGCACUUGUCUGGUCUGCCCAAUCUCACACCCUGGGAACUGCAACGUGUCCAAGAGAGCUUUAUGAUGCUCUCUCGCUGCGUUGAGGUCCUCACCCUGGUUUUUCAAGCAGGCGGGCACGUCCACCUUGAACAACCCUUGAACGCCAUGUCAUGGUUAGAGAAGGUAGUACGCCAAUUUCUGCAAUUGAUUGGGGCUUCCUGUAUCAACGUGGCCGCUUGCGCCUAUGAGAUGGAUAUUUACAAAGCCUGGAUGUUUGCCUCGAGUUUUACAGGUCUUCGACCAUUAGGCUGCAUUUGUCAACAUCCCCCUAAUUCUCAUGUUCGUCUUCAAGGUCUCCGAGACGAUUCUGGUGCUUUUGCCAGUAGGGCGACGGCACAAUACCCACUGAAACUGGCACAAUUGUUUGCCAAUCUUGUGGCCCCAUUACUGGACACAUCAGGGUUGGACCUCCAAUGGUCAGAUUUGGAUGCCCUCAUGCCCACCAAGCAACUGUCGGAGUAUCCAUUUUCGCAAAUGGAUGUGGGUGGAGCUUUUUCCCACCCGGACUGGAGUCAGGAUAAUCGUCAAGAACACGACUGGUUCAAGACUCUGCGUACUUCGUGGAUGAACAGGAUCAUCUCUGAGCGGUUGGAUAAGAUCCUACUGGCGCAUGUGGCUUCGGGCAACCCGUCACCGCCUUUUUCGGUGGAAAUCCUGACCCCAUUCAAGGCUGAUCUGGAGCAAUUCUUGGAGGUAAGCUUAUUGCUGUUCGACAUCAAGCGGUAUCCUCAUUGGCGGAUCUGA